CAUAGCUUGUUAACCGAAUAUUUCUCCCAAAUUAGUCGUUCACCGCAGCGCGCUGGAACUCUUCUUUGUCGUGUCACGCAGCGAGCACGACUUGACCGAUCAUAAUACGUGUAGUGUCUAAUGGUUCACCGUCUGCCAGACUCUCGUCUCCUGUCCAACCUUAUAGCAUACGAAAAGGAGUAUACGAAACAUCUAUCCGCUCUUUUCCCCAUAUCACAUGCUGCUCUCGCUUCUCUUUCUGCAUUCGCCGCCGCCUCUCCUUCUGCUAAGCCCUUUUCUAAUUCUUCAGUCUCCCUAGCCCAAACUAUUGGCGCCAUCGUUGAUAUCCUCGCCGGCGCCGACGAUGCUCUUCAGCUUUACAAUCAGGCGGUCGAGAACUGGCGCGACCAGCUUGGUCAUUUGAUACAGCUCGAGGAAGACAUAGCCGCUAUUCUUCGUGACAGGGAAAUUUUAGUUACUCGCCUAAUCAAAGUUUCGAAAUCAUCCAAGGCCGCACGGGAUCCUCGUUCAUCACUGAUCUUACCAUCUGGUUCUACCUCGUUCACGUCUCUCCCUUCUACCAAUUCUACGACACAUGGCUCAUCUAGCACAAAACUUCUACAAGCUCAAGAAGAGCUACGCGCAUGUGAGGCUCAUUUGGCCACUAAAGAGCUCGAGCUAGAGGUACUUCGCAUCAGCAUAGCUAGAGAAGGUCUCGGUGCUCGCUGUCGCGCUCUUGUUGAUUGUGGCUGGGCCUGGGGCGAAAUGGGCAAGGAAGGUCUUCGCGCGUUACAGAGUCUUGGUGCUUCAAAUCCUGAUAGUCAAGUUCUAGAACAAUCAUUGGCAUCGCAUUCACAUUCACAUUCGCCCUCCGCAUCCAUCACCCUUCCUCAACAAAAGCCUUUACCCCCUCCCGCGCUGCCCCCUCAUCUCAUACAGGGCCCACUAUCAUACUCUUCCGACAUUUCCUCCCUCACACCUUCUCAAAGUGCUUCGCAACUGCACGAUGGGCCCUCCCGUGAGACGAGUCAAGAAGGCGCACUUCCUGAUCACCCCAGCCGCAAUGGUCAUGAAGAGGUGACAAUCGCUAUUCCUCCUGCGCACGCCAUCUCAGAACUUACCAUGCCCACUGGUGUCCGUUCUCCGUCCCCUCUCAGUGUCCCCUUACCUGAGAGUUCAACCGACCUUCAUACCUCUGCCUCGGAAUCCCGUCCCCUCCCGCGUAGAACCAGCACACAACAGAAGCGCCGUCCAUUAUCCAGACGUAUCACGGAGGUGGACGAAAAUGAGCACAGGGAGGGGCCUGCUGUCGUUGAAAAUCCCUACUUCCCAUCCCUUAACCACGUUCGUAGUGCAGACGAUAGCAGUGAAGAGGAGGAAACUCAAGGUCCCUUGGAGGUUGUUGAAAACAAUCCAUUCGGACAAUCGAAGCGCUUGUCCCUCCGUCACAAAGCGGCUCCAGAAACUACUGAGCACAUACCCGAGCGAGACGCCAAACAGCGGGGGCGUAAGUCAUCCAUGAGUUUCUUCGGCUCUCUGCGCGGUUUAUUCAAGACCUCGCACAAGGACCAGACUCGGGCGGAAUGGGAUGACACCACAGAAUCUCCGCGUACGAGUAAACACAACAAAGGAAAGAAGGCCUGGUCGACACGAACAGAUGCCAACUUGAAGGCUUCCAAAUCUCAAGACAGUUUAGAUUCUGAGCCCAAUGUGGUACCCAAGCCUUCCCCGUCUUCAGGGGGUGCGAAGUUGCGCAAGGGUCGAUCGCCAACGACAGCUCCUGCGUCGUUUAGUGGGUGGCAGAGUGACGGACCCCCGUCUAUAAGUCCACGCGCAAGCGUCAGACGGAAAAAGAAGAAGUCAGUUGCAGAGCUGAAGGGCAAGAACGGCGGACAUACAGAUGGCGAGCUUGACGCAAGUAAUUCAGGCUUUCCAUCUCGAACCCAGUCAGAGGUUGUUACCCAGCGUCCGUCCGCGAAGCGGCAGAUAACACCAACCUCCAGCCCUCAGGCUCAACCGCUUUCACGUGCCUCCUCAAACUCAACGCGGAAUAGCACCACGCCUGCUCCAUCUUCAUCCAAUCAGACACCAGCCAAGUCACGACAUCGCAGAGUAACUACAGACCUCUCUGGGAAGUUUGAUAGCAGCAAUGGGGAAGCGUCUAACGGAGGUUCUCCGCGACGUUCAGCCUCCCUCACGUACGGUGCUGCACCUGGGGAUUAUUCCGCAGCUGCAAAAUCGAAAUCAAAGCGUACACCCACAGCAGGGACAGUACAUCCUUCCCCAGCGAAAGGUAGCACUAGUGUCAGUCUUAUGAGCAUUGUCGAGGAUGUUGCACGACAGAAUCGCAAUACAGGGGGCACCACGAGUUCACCUCCAAGCACAACGAAACUUGAGGUUCCACGCGCCCCUAUACCAGGUGUACCUGUCAAUGUGUCGCGGUCCUCCAAGCUUUCCGAUGAUCGAUACCCUGUCCCUCGUUCAGGUUCAUUGGACAUUCCCCGUGCACCAGGGUCAGUCUUCUCCGCAUCCCAGUCACUCCCAGUCAUUUCGGGCACCCAAGGAACGACAGGACACAAAUACGAGACACCACUCAAUAGCCCAUCUACAAAAGGGAAUGGUUCAGCUUCAGCCUCUAGAAGCAAAGCCUCACGACCAGCUGUAUCACCUCUUCGUUCAGCUCUUCGAAAUUCCAGCCGUACACCUUCGCCCAGUCCAGCUCAAUUAGCAGAGAUACAGAUACGAAAACGAGGAGCUGAUGUGCGCGCCGAGGAGGAUGAUAAACCUCGUGGACGGACACCAGAGCGGGAGGAUCCCGGGGAACGUACUCCAAGACCAGCUCGACCUGAGCAAGCUACUCAACCGAACGGUGUUUUGAUAAGGGAUUCAAUUUCGAUGACAUCGAUAUCGUCAUAUGAUACGGCGCAGGAAAGUCCUGUUGAGGGAGAGCCAGCUCCUGAACCUCAAGUUCCCCCGGCUCCCCAACAUGACACCGAGUCAACAGCCUCAACUGAGACACCGCUUGCAAGACGAAAAAGUGUCCGGGUAUCUCUUCAACCGACCUUCUCUUCUACUCCACCUGCUUUGGACGAUGAUGAAGCUCACGCCCGUUAUCCCUGGAGCUCAACGAAGAAGGACAGCGACAAUCAGGAGGCUCCCAGCGAACCUGGCGUAUGGCAGGACUCGAGCGACGAAGAUGAAGAGUACAGUCGUGCACGGAAAUUGCUCAGUAGAGUCGGUAAGAAAGACAAAGGGAAGAAGAAGAAGGUAUAGCCUGUUAUUGGAUUUUGGAGGCAGUCCCGAUCAAUGCAGGUGGGCUAGAUGAGGCUCGUCGCAUCCCUUUGACGCUUGAUCGACGUUCUUUCUUCAAGUUAUUUUCAGCGAUUCGUUUGCGGUCCUUGGUUAAUCGUCACAUACUUCGCAUAUAAUUUUUUUUCAUCCUUGUGAAUAUAGUUGAGAUUUUUACUCUAUAGUUCUGAAUACAUAGACUGGAUAUUUUCUCGUUUGCC